GCGAAAGAGAGAGACAGAGACAGAGAGCGAGCGCGCUUUCAGGCAGCUGGCGCGAGGGGGGCGGCUGCGCCUGCGCGAACCGCGCUGACAAGCCCGGCGCUGUUUCCCUUCCCUCUUACGAAAGGGCGGGAGGGGAGGGGGAACGAGAGAGAGGGGGAGCCGCGGAGGGGGGCGCGCGGGUCUCUCUCGCGCGCGUGCGCGGGGCAGGUAAGCGGCUGUUUGGCGGCCGUUGGGGCUCCGUGAGGCGAGGGAGGUUGGGGGGGGGGGGAGGUGGGUCCGGUGAGGGAAAAGAGAGGCGGCGGCUUCUCCUCCUCCUUCUCUCCCGCCCUCACACGGAGAGCGAUGGAAGGAGCCCUUCCCGCCAAAACGGGGCAAGAGGCGGCUGCGCUGGCCUGGCGGCCCCGAGAAGCGCCGGGGAGGCGGAUCCUGAGGGGGAAAUCUUGACUAUUACACCGAUAGAGAUAUAUCGGUACAUAUAUAUAUAUAUGCGUGUGUGUUUGCGGUUACCUCAGACGCUGUGCUUCCUCCACAGCCCUUGUUUCCUCCCUCAAGAGGGUCGUGAGGACGGUGUUUUCGCGUGUCGGCGGCGGCGGCAGCAGCACCAGCAACAACAUGAGCCGCGAUUUCAAACCCGGGGACCUGAUCUUCGCCAAGAUGAAAGGCUACCCGCAUUGGCCAGCCCGGGUCAGUAAGGCGCCGCCUCCCUCUCUCCCUCAUCCAUCCCUCCUUCACCUGCGUUCCCACGAGCGUGCUUUUUCACGCGCCCGGGGGGGGGGACGUCCGUGGGGAACCCGCCCCCUUCCCCUCCACUCGCUUUUUUUUCCCCUGCAGGAGCGGGGUGGUUCGGGGUUCACCCGUCUGGACCUCUCUCUUGGGGAGGGAGGGGGCGUGUUCGUGGCGUCCCUGGAAGUGACUUCUCCAUCACAUUGCAAGGUGCCCACAUGCUGCGGUUCGGCUUAGGGUGUUUUUUUUUCCAGCUAGGUGGUCUUAAUGCCCUGCAGAAAAAAGGGGUCACAUUCCUCCCCCCCACAAAAAAAGAAAACUACUUGGUGGGCAAAUGGAUUGGGCCAAAUCAGGUGAAUGGCUGAGAGCGCUACCUGCUCAUGGCGUAGCUUUGGGUAAUUUACAUGGUUUUAGCAAUGAAUCCAUAAGUGACUGUGGAGGCCAAUUCUGGAUCCACACGUCCUUCCGCAGUGGGGACAGGUUUCCGGGUGGGGAGUGGAUUCCCAUCAGGGUUUGCCAAAUGUGCCUUCCUCUUAGCACGUUUCUCCCUUAUGUCCUGAGUUCAAAUGUCUUCAAAGCCCAUGGUAUCUGAAGAAGUGUGCAUGCACACGAAAGCACAUACCAAUAACAAACUUAGUUGGUCUCUAAGGUGCUACUGGAAGGAUUUUUUAAAUUUUGUUUCAAAGCCCAUGACACCUUUGGUAAAGGCUGUUCUCCAACUGGAGCGCUUGCAGGCCGGUGUUUCCCACUUGUCGCUGUUUAUACUACAUUUUUAAAGACUUGCCUUAAGAGAGUCUUUAAACCUCUUUUGUUGACCACCAGCAUUACGCUUUCCAUUCAUAAGUUGGGAAUAGAGUAGUUGCUUUGGAAUAUGAUAAUCAGGCAUUCACACAACAUGACCAGUCCAACAAAGUUGAUGUUGAAGAAUCAUUGCUUCAACACUGGUGAACUUUGCUUUUUACAGUACACUGGCAUUAGCUCGCCAGUAUACUGGUAUUAGUUUGGGUAAUUUAGUAGGGACACAUUGGGUUGCGUGUGUCUGUAAUAAAAAAUAUACCUAUCCAUCUACCUAAAGAUGUCUGGGUUAGAAAAGUAUGUGUGUUGUCUCUUAUUUUCAGGUCAUAGUCUAGAGUCUUUUCUACUGACCAGUUAACAUUCAAUGAGAGACAUUGAUGUUAUAUACAGUGUAAGGUGGGGGGAGGGCAGGGGGGUGGUCAUUGCCAAGGAAAAAUAACAGAUAGAACCUACCAAAGUAACGCUGGCAUAUUGGGUUGUUGUUUUAAGAAUACACUAUGUAAAAGGAUGAAAGUUUACUAUCCCCUCCCUUCUCUCUCCCCUGCUCUCUUCUUCCCCAGAUUUAUACUUUCUAUAACAUUAGUGUCUCACAUCAAAAUAUUUAAAAAAACCAGAAGCUGUAUGUAGGUGUGUAACCAAGGAAAAUCUUUAAUAACAUUUUUUUAAAAAACUGAAAACUGAAUUUGAAAUGGCUAAAGAGAACUAACUGGGGCCUGUUGAGGAAAAGGUCAAAGUAAGAUGCUGCUUACCAGUACUGAAAGACUUGCUUGGAAGCCGGUCAAUAUUUAUCCAAAGACAUAAAAAAAAAAAAAAUAGAUUUGGGGCAAUUCUGCAUGACACAGAAUCACACACCAGCAUUCAAAGGUGCACAAACUAGAUCAGAGCACAGAUCCUAAUGAUUUUUCAUACUGCCCACCCUGUAAUCUUAUUUGACAUUUUUCCCAUAGCACUAUAUUGCCAAAAUAAAUAAAAAUAGUCCAGUGUGGAUCCUUUGGGUUUCUUUUCUCCACAUUCACCUAACCACAUGCCACAUUAUGCUGGCUACAUUAUAAAAAUUAAGACAUCUGAAGAGCAGUUCAUCAAAGUCUUGUAACCUGAAGAUUUAACAAGUUUAGCACAAGCUUUUAUGGAAUCAUGCAUCAGUUAGCAAGUGUGGCAGUCUGUGAUUAAAUCUGCAUUUAAAAGAAUGCAAAUUAAGACUGGUGACUGUUCACCAUAGCAAUUAUUAUGAUAAUACAAUCAUUAGAUUUACUGUUGUCCCUAUUCAGACCAAAAUGGAUAGAAUCCAACUUCAUUAUUAUUACUAUUACUUGGUCACCUUACACAUAGAAAAGAAUUUACACAGAGUAGAAAAGAAAAUAGAGUGACUUACACAUACAACACAAAAACUAAAACCAAUCAAUUAAAAACCUCUAAAUAAAAGAUGUAUCUAUACAAAUAAAAUACAGUUCUAGCAGAUCCUGCCCUUCCAAAAAAGGCCAUAAAUACUAAAAAAAACCAAACCCUUCAAACUAAGGGCCAGAAGCCCAGGUAAAGAGAACAGUUUGCCUAGAGCCUAAAACUAGAUAAAGAUGGUGCCAGGUGAGCCUUCCUUUGGAGAGCAUUCCUCAAGUUGGGAGUCACCACUGAAAAGGCCUGUUCUUGUGUUGCUCCCCUCCAGACCUCUCAUGAAGAGCCUCAGAUGAUAAUUGCAGGAUCCAGGUCAGUUCUUCAUAAGUUCAAAUUAAACUGUUUCACACUGUAAAGGUAAAGGCAAAGGUACCCCUGCCCGUACGGGCCAGUCGUGUCCGACUCUAGGGUUGCAUGCUCAUCUCGCUCUAGAGGCCGUGAGCCAGCGCCGUCCGAAGACACUUCCGGGUCACGUGGCCAGCGUGACAAAGCUGCAGCUUCGUGGCCAGCACCAGCGCAGCACACGGAAACGCCGUUUACCUUCCUGCUAUAAAGCGGUCCCUAUUUAUCUACUUGCACUUAAGAGUGCUUUCGAACUGCUGGGCAGGAGCUGGAACCGAACGACGGGAGCUCACACCGCCACGGGGAUUCGAACCGCCGACCAUACGAUCGGCAAGUCCUAGGCACUGAGGUUUUACCCACAGCGCCACCCACGUCCCCACUGUAGUGUCCCUUUAAAGUACCUUUUUUGAAGAAUAAAUUUAGUGAAGAAUAAAUAAAUUCUACCUUGCAGUGCUUUGCCCUGUGAAACUGUCUGUCACAGCUAAUUUGAUGCUCUUCUGUAACCGUAAGGAUGGUGCUUGUUACCUAAACAAAGUGGUCCCUUUGGAUAACACCACACUAAUUAAAAGAAGUGCCUCCAUGCUGGGCAGUUAUAACUGGGAGGCAAACUGAUACCUUCUUUCAGCAGCCAACAAAAUCAAUGUCAGAAUUAGCAGGGAGUCAUUCCCUCAUUAUUAGCAUGAUCCUAUACAUGUUUGCUUUCAAUAAGUCUUGCUCUGCUCAGUGAGGUUUACUCCCAAUUAAAUGCACAUAGGAUUGCAGUUUAAGAGAAAAUUGUUUUGAAUCUGUUGUCUUUGGUGGUCAGUGACUAACAUCUUAUAUAUGUGAGACCUUCUGUUUUCAACCUACUUCACAAGUGUUCUGAACAUUAUAACCACCAGUGAUUUCUUUACCCCUUUUAGUAGUUUCCUACUAAAUCAAAGUGUUUCAUUUAGAGUAAAUGUUGCUUUCCCCCCUUUUCUUAGGUGGAUGAAGUUCCUGAUGGAGCAGUCAAGCCACCUACAAAUAAAAUGCCUAUAUUCUUUUUUGGCACACAUGAAACGUAAGUCCUAAAGUUACAAAGCUAUACUGGUUGAAGUAGAGUUACUUGGCUGUUGAACUAUAGAUUGUACAUAUUUUAGAGCACAGAGGCAUGACAAUAUCAUUUUUACAUUGGGUUAACUUGGUGAAACUGAUCUUUUCCCAGGCUUAGUCUAAAGAGUAUUUGUUUUCUAAACACAGAACCCUGUUUGUUAUCCUGUAUUAUAUUACACUUGCAGUUAUUUAAUUUUGCCACAAUCAACAGUGUAUGUUAGUACAUGACCAGGACUUCUUGUCAUGCUAUAGCCGAUAGGAGGUGUGAGUUCUUUGUUGUAGUUCUGACCUUUGGAGGCCCUGGAAGUUGAAACCCACAGAAACAAAGAACAACCGUUACUGCUCUUAUUGGCUGGUGUGUGGGUCAAUGCACCUCAAAAAGGAUAAUCUAGAGCUGAAAAACGUGUAGCAUAGGGCAACCAAAAUGAUGAAGGGACUUAACCAAGUUCUCUAUGAGGAAAGAUUACAACAUGUAGGGCUAUUUAGUCCAGAAAAAGGGCAAAUGAGGAGGGACAUGAUAGAGAUGUAUAAGAUUAUGCAUGGUUUGAAAAAAAAAAGUUUACAGACAAAAGGAUUUAUCCCCCUCAUAAUACUAGAAUCCAAUGAAGCUGAAUAUUGGUAGAUUCAAGAUAGACAAAAAAUACUUGUUCACAGGGUACAUAGUAAAUGUCACUACCAUAAUAUUUAGUAAUUGCUACUACCUUGGAUGGUAUUUAAAUUACAAUAGACAAAUUCAUGGAGGACAAGCCUAUCGAGGAUACCAUCAUGAUGGCUGUGUACUGUCUCCAUUAUCAGAGGCAAUAUCCCCUUUGCCUGGUGCCUUCAUUAUACACCUUUAGGCGUCAGGUGAAAAUGUUCCUCUUCAACCAGGCCUUGGUCUGACAAACAUCCUACAUACUUGUAAAUGUGUUUGCACCAGGGAGGGGAUUAUUGGUUUGUUUUGGUUUUGUUCUUUUUUUUUAUUGCGUAUUUUGUGUUUUUAUCCUGUAUAUGCUGUGAACUUUCCUGAGAUGUACAGAUGAAGAGAACUCAAAGAAUACAAGUUUAUUUAUUAAUAAGCUUUCUAUGAGUUCUUUCCCCUCAUCACAAAAGUGUCCAAAAAGUACACGCUGCAUUCAUGGGAGCUGAGGCGAAGUGUUUUGAGAAUUGUGGGUAGUUAUUUGGCAUAGCAUAGAACUAGUGUGAAGUGGCCUUUCCUGCAGGUCUUUGCACCCUGGAGCAGUUUUCCAGUCCAGCUCUUAGAAGAGACUGUGGAGCAGGAAUGAGUGGGGAAAGUAGCAGACAGUGUGUCGGGCAUUGUAGAGAGAGACUGGAAAGAAAACGGGAAAGGAAUAUAUGCAUUAUACUUUGUUAGACCCAGCAUCUGUUUACACCAUGACCCACAGUUCUUUGAGAAUUAGGCCUUCCAUACAUUUUGUGCAGUCUUAUUGUAGCAAAUGCCAAAGUGGUGGCUUAGCGUCAAAGCAUACAAUCAGUGUUUAUGAUCCAAGGUCAUUAUACUAUGAAAAAAUGCAGUUUCUCCCUCCUAAUUUAGUUACUUUGUACCUUGCCCAAUGCUACAGUGUUAUUUUUUCAGUUGGAAUUAUUAGAUCUAGGCACGGUAUUCCAGUGUGACAUGUAGUAGUAGUAUAUUUACUGUGAAAUUUCAAUCCUUUCCCUGAUAACUUCAAAACUGAUAUAGCACUUUUCACUACAAUAGCACUUUUGAAUGUGCAAAAUGCCACUUAAGGUUAGUGGUGAUGGGGAGAGCCAGAGAUAGGAAAAUGGAUUGAAUAUUUUAUGAAUUCAUUUUGGGGAAUGACUUCACUUCCAUAUUACAAUCCCAAAAUAAUGUAUGUGUGUGUUACAGCCUAUUGAGACCUAUGUAUAUGAAGUCAGGAUCUUCUGUUUUUGUUCCUGCAUAUAUUGCUUCAAAAUGUGGAUUCUCACCUGUAAUUCUGUUGCCAGGUUUGGAGAGAUGCUUUUGUUGUUUGGGAGCAUUUGAGUGCUAAAUAUCUACAAUAUUGGUUACCUUGUUUCUUCCUGACAAUUUUAUAAUAAAUAGCACUGAAUACAUUAGGUUCUCAGUUACCAGUGUAUGAGAAAACUUCUACUAUUUACCUGUGACUGUUGGUGAGGAAUUUGUCCAAGUCUUUUAUAAAUUAUAGCCUUUAUAUUCAUUAGUGAAUGCUAAUAAUGACACACAGAAAAGCUUUUCUAAAAGAAUAGGUUUAAAUAGUAAACGGUUCCCAUUCAAAUUACCAGUUUUAAUAAGAAAUGUGGAGUGUACCUUGAAUAUUUGGGUGUCUCACUUUCUUUGUAGAGCAUUUUUGGGACCAAAAGAUAUAUUCCCCUAUGAGGAAAACAAAGACAAAUAUGGCAAACAAAAUAAAAGGAAAGGCUUCAAUGAAGGCUUGUGGGAAAUUGUGAACAAUCCAAAAGUAAAAUUUUCUACUCAGCAGGUAAGUUACCAUCUAAUGUGUAUAGACUGACAAUUUAGUCAGCUAUUUCUAGUACCUUAUUGACCUGACAGUGUCUGUUCUGUGUCCUGAGCCUAUUAUGCCAAUAUGAUGUUAUCAGGAACCAUAGGUAUCAGAACGCUGCUGUUGUAGUUUAAUAGAUCAGGUUCCCCAUUACUGAAUUGGACAUUUCAUGCCAUUGCCCCUACCUGUCUUCUCACAUGACUACUAUUCCUUUUUAGAGUACCUGCUCACAGUUAAGCAAAUGGUCAAUCCCAGGCCUUUUUGAGAAGCUUUUUUCCUCAGGCAAGGGCAGCCCCUGCCAGAGUAAAUGGGUAGCACAAUUCUUGUAGAACAAGUGAGUGGCAGCAGCUGCGGACCUUUCUUACAAGGCUUGUUGACAAGACAAGAAUUGUAUAUACUUGAGGUAGCCAAUGUGGAGCCUUUCAGAUGUUGGACUCAAACUCCCAUUAUGCCCAGCCAACAUGAUCAGUGGUUGGAGAUUAUGGGAGUUGUAAUCCAGCAACAUUUAGAAGAUGCUACAUUGGCUACCCCAAAUAUCCUUACAGCAAACUCAGUUCUCCAAGUGCUGGUCCUUAUGUAGCCAAUGAGGGAAGUAUCAGUAUGCUUCUAGGUUAGUACAAUAACAUUUACGAAAAUUCCCAAAGGAAAUGUUUGCAUUGACUGAACAACCUAUUUAGUGCUAUGUUGAAUGCAGUCCUUUAAUUGUAGGGUGGAUUUCUAAAUUCAUUACAUAGUAAACCCUGGUGAGUUCAAUGAGCCUUUGAGUAAAUUUUAUUACAAUUGUUCCAUUAAUCACUGAAGUUUUCUGUAUAGUGUUUUUAAUAUUUGCUUUAUGCAGCACGCUACCCUGAAAUUUGAUAUGAUGAAGUGUUGUAUAAAAAUGUUGCAUAUAUUUAAUGUUUUUUAAUCACCCAAUUUUGGAAUUGCUGAUCUUGUGUCUUUGUUUCCUGCUGAUUUAUGUAUAUGUUGACGAUAUUUUUGUCCAUAGCCCCAUCCAGCUAUUAACCCUACAGUUGUUAAAGAAACUGCUGAAGAAACUAACUUAGAUACUAUAGAGGAAAAUGAACAAAAAAUGGUGCCCAAAAGGAAAAAGCUGACUGCUCUUAAAGUAAGUGAUCAAGAUCUCAUCCAAUGCUACAAUUCUAUGAUUUAAGUUAGUCAUGAGUGGCUAAGAAUUUAUUUCAUUGGGUCUUCUCUGAGUAUAACUUAGUAUACUGUCACCUUGUAAUGUUAAAGAUAGGGCAAAGGUGAGGGUAUAAAGUGCAGUAUGGACAGGAAAAGAUGGUGGUAAAUCAGUUUCCUUCAUUGGAUAUAAUAGAAAAUUGGUUUAAGAAACCAGAACAUCUUCAUCAAGGUUAUGAGGACAGUCGCAAGAAGGGAGUUGUUUGCAUAUGGAUGGUGGGGAGAUGAAAACUGGACCAUUUUCCUCUGAAUUCUGUUUAGGCUUUUGGAGGUAAUCACUGCUCCACCUGAUUUGAAGUCUUUGCUAGCUCUGUUUUUAUUCCUGUUGCUUAUUUUCUGUUGAGGUGAGGUCAGAUUACUGGAACACUAGAGGAUUUCUUAUGAGACCCCCUUAGCUUCUUCCCAACCUGCCAAAAGCAAUUUACAUACAGUGGUACCUCUGGUUACGUACUUAAUUUCUUCCAGAGAUCCGUUCUUAACCUGAAACUGUUCUUAACCUGAAGCACCACUUUAGCUAAUGGGGCCUCCCGCUGCUGCCGCACCACCAGAGCACAAUUUCUGUUCUCAUCCUGAAGCAAAGUUCUUAACCCGAGGUAUUAUUUCUGGGUUAGCAGAGUCUGUAACCUGAAGUGUAUGUAACCUGAGGUACCACUGUAUUUCCCCUUGCAAAAACAUGCUGCCGUUUCAUGGACCCUAACAAAAGGACUGUUAAAGGGAGUUACAGUCAAAUUACUUGAUUAAUGGUGAAUUGGGAUUAUCAGUUGUGAUAGAACAGCACUAGUGUCAGGUUUGUUUUCCAUACAUUUGGUAUUCACUUAAGUGAUCUAAGGGUUUUGUUUGUUUCUGCUAACAACUUUGAAUGCUAAAGUAAUUAUAUAUGCACUUAAUUAAGUCUAGUUAAGUGUUGAAUAGAUCACUAGUUGUGCUGAUUGCUUUAUUGCUUUCUGAGAGCCUUAAUACCCAUUACAUCAUAGAUGUUAUAGGCACUGGCGGAGGAAGAGGGGGGCGGGGGGAGCGCGCCGCCCCCGGCAGCGCAAUCCUGGUGGGGUUCCAUCGUGGCUGCCCCCCGCCCGUGCUGGAUGCCCCACCCCCGCAGGCAGCACACCCCACCCCCGCCUGCUCUCCGUCCCCUGGUGCCAGAGCAUGAAGCUCCGUCACUGGUUAUAGGAAAAAUUAAUUGGGAAUCAGGAUCCCAAGAAGAUGAGGCAGGAAGCCAUGUGGUGAUUUUGACUUGAGAUCACUUCAUUAUCUGUGGACUGAACAAGACUGGUGUCCUGAACACAGGAGGGGCAGAAUGUUCGGCACUUGUGAUUCAGAAAGAAGCUCCACACUUCCAGUAGCCAAGGCACAGCUUACAUAAAGCAAUUCUACACAAAGCAAUUUUGAUGUUCAUUUAUAUUUAACAAGAUUUAUAUACUGGCUAAUUCAAAAAAACUCUAAGCUGUUUAGAUAGCUUUGACUAAACAAAAAAGUUUUUAGCCAGCCUCAAAAAGAAUACAAUUAAUGCACCUGAUUAAUAUUCAUAUAGUUAGGUAAAGGACCCCUGGACAGUUGAGUCCAGUCAAAGGCAACUAUGGGGUACGACACUCAUCUUGCUUUUCAGGCCGAGGGAGCCAGUGUUUGCCUACUGACAGCUUUCUGAGUCAUGUGGCCAGCAGGACUAAACCGCUUCUGGCACAACGGGAUACCGUGACGAGUGCCAGAGCUCAUGGAAACACCGUUUCCGUAUUCAUAUAGUUACAGCAGUAUACAGAACAUAAAGCCUUGUUAAUCUUCUAAACUGAUGCUCAUCCUACGAUGUUUUUCUGCAAUGUGUAUUAUUGAAAAAGUUUUAAAUCCCAAAGAAAUAGAUGGCACACAACCAUGCUCAAGUGCCUGUUCAGCUCUGAGUUAAGAGAGCUGAUGGCUUUCUCUUGCAUGAGAGUGUUCUGGGGCACAGAAUAUUUCUGGGCAUUGAGGUCAAUGUAUGAUGAUAACAGAGGAACUUCAGAUACCUGCUACUUAACAUUAGAGUUUGGGGUUCAAAUGGAACCUGAGACACUUGUGCCAGUAUGCCUAAUAACCUUACAAUGACAAGUCCCUUACAGGCCACUAGUAAAAGAAAAGGUUGAAUAAAAAGGUACAAGUUAUGUAUACCCUGUCUAUGCUCUGCAUGGAGAGAGCAUUUCUGACAGCUUGGAUGAGGAUUUUUAGGGCUGAAUCUGUAUCUCAUUGGGAUCCUCUUAACACAUAUUUUAUAUGUGUCUGCCAGUCCCAGAUUAAGAAAUCUAGAUAAGUUUUUGGAAAAUGAAAAAAAAAUCAUAUGGAUACAGUUAACCAUGUUUACUUUGCCUUUCAAAAACAAAUUCUGAUGUAGCUUCAUGAGGACUGCACUUUCAUCAUUAGGCACCUAUACAGACCUUACAUAGAUGUAAAUUUUUUAAAAUGAUAUUUGUAUCUCAUUCCCAGGGUUCAGUUAAGCAGGAUAAUAUAACCUCUGAAGUUGAAAUAGAAGAAAAAGAGAUGGAAAUCUCGAAAGAUGAUGAUUCUUCAGAAAAACCUAGUGAAGUAUGUGACUUCGAGAAAUUUGGAUUGUUGUUCUUUUUUAUUGUUCCCAGUUUACAUUUAAUUUUGGAAAAUGAGGGUCACACACAGCUUUCCCCUUUUGAGCAGCACCUAGGCUCUGCAUAAAUACUUUUUUCUCUCUGUACACAAUACAACAUGGGUUCUCCUCUCUUUGUAGUGACACAGGUUUUUCUGAACCCCUUGUCCUCUCUGAACUUUUUCUCUCUGCCCAUUGCUACCACUGUUAUACUGCACUCUUUUGUGCUACCGUUUCUCCAUUAGUGCAUAUUGCUGCGGGUCUGUCUCCAACUCCCAGGACUGACCCCCUCUUCUUUAAAGUUUGGUAACAGCUCACAAGACUAAUUGCAUAGCGAGGAUGUGUCUGAUGCAGAUGGGCUAUGCAGAUUGCUUACUGAACAAGUUAGAAGAAGUAGUGCCAACUCCACUUUGCACCUCUGAAUCCAGGAAUGGAAGGAAGGAAGGAAGUAGACAUGAGAGGUGUUUGUAUUUAGUGCCAAACCAUGAUUUAGUGCUCUGUGCAUAUGCAAAAAGAAACCUCUGCAUUCUCUGAGGCUUGAUUGCCCCCCCCCCAUGCAAGGCCUAGUUUAAUUUCAACUUUCAACAAAUCUUAGCUUUCUAGAUUUUUGUUUAAAAUAAACUGAUCAGUUUCCAAGUAAGUAAACUUAAAAAUGUGGGUUAUAAAGCUGGCUCAUUAAACAGACUAGAGUGCAUGGUUUAUAUGAAAUGACACAUUUUAUAAAAAGUGAAACGAAACAGCUGAAGCUGUCCUCCCAGCAGUACAGAAGGAAAGGUUCACAACACCUCCUUGCUGCUUAUAGAACUAUUAUUGAAGCAUUACAUGUGAACCAGGCCAUAGCUAUGCAGGGAUUAUCUCAUCCUCUGGCUGGGUGCUCACCCCACUUGUUACACUGGCAUUUGGGGAGCUGCAGCAAUGUGAGCCUGACUUGGUUAGCACAGCCUCGGUUCAUUAAAACCAGUACUAACGGGUCUUUCCCAAUAUCUCAUACUUAAGUCUUCUUGCAUUCAAAGCAUAUGUACUACUACUAAGCUAUUGCCUCACCCCUUGAACAUUCCUACACUGGCAGGGUAACAUGACUCCUUGUGAGAGGAGUCGAUGCUAUUGUUGCUGACCAUCCUAGCUAGUAACUGAGGCAGUGCUGGUGUGUAUAAGAGGAGGAGCAUAGGCCCAAACUUUUAUACAUGACCCCAGGGGCACAGGUAGGAACUGCAGUUUAUCAGCUUUUACCUAACCAGUGUAACAUACAAACAAUGGCUUAGAGAUGAGAGAAGGCUACAAACAAUGGUGAGCUGGAAUUGCUUCAGGGGGCUGUAGUUAGUUUGUACAGACCUAGUUUAAAUAUCCUUGUAACUGGAGUGUAGCUAGCUAAAUAGAUAUGAGCUGUGCAAUUUGAUGAAGUUAUUAUUGUGCCUCAGACCUAAACACAUCUAAAAACAAAUCUCAUUUAAUUAGAGCGCACUUCCAAGUGUAUAAAUGAGUAUUUUUUCCUUGAAUAGCAAGUCCCUUGUGCUAUAUGAAGUGCUCUCAAAAAUCUUCUCCCUUUCAAAGGUAGUUUGCCAUGCAGCAUGUGGGCUGCUGCUUGAGAAAAAGAAAUCCCUUAAACUCACGUUCUUUGGGACAUGUAGAAUUCCAUGGGGUGGGUGGGGGUGAUAGCAUAAACUUAAGAAUUUCAAAAUUACACAGACAAUUUUUACAGUUAAUUUUAGUACUAUUUCUGCCCUUAGGAUAUUGAGAAAUCAGAUGAUGCACCUAUCCCUAAGGUGGCUAGGAGGGGGAGAAAAAGAAAGGUAAUAUUUAGAACUUUUAUAGUUUUGUAAAUACAGAUUGGAUUGUCAGUUGUUUUUCAAAGCUAUUGGUUGCCUAUGAAAAGACACACAAAAAUAACCUUAACAAUUACUAUAAAAAAAUUAUUACUUCAGAAUAUGUUGCUAAUAUGUAUGAAAUCAGUCCUUUUUCUAGGCUCUUACUAUCAAUCACACUUUUUUCCUGCCCUUCGCCUAUUCUGUCUUCCAUGACAGUGGGUGGGAUACAAAUAAGUGAACAUAAUGAUAUCUGGUCAAGUGGAGCUCCUGCUAAUGGGGGGAGGGAGAGCCCCUUUUAAAGUCUAUUUUCUUCACCCCUGAAGCAGAUUUUCAGGUGGAAAAGGAAACAUUGGGGGGGAAUUGUGUCUUCUUUAAUCCGCAAGCAGUGGGAGCUCCCUUUCCCUGAACAGCACACACAGGAUCUUAGGAUCCAACCUGGUGACAGACUCAAAAGUGUCCCAGUGAAGAGGGACUUCAGCUUGCAUCUUUCCAGUCUGAACCAGACAUGCUAUGCUGUAUAGUAUAUAAAAUCCAUUUUUCAUAAGCUCUUCCAACAUUUGGAACAGUUGUGCAGUUUGUUCAAAUUAAAUGAAGAAAUUUGUUUUCAAUACAGGCUGAAAAACAAGCAGAAGUUGAAGAGGCAGCAGUAGCAGCAACAGCUGCAGUGCCUACAGCUCCAAAAGCAAGUCCUAAAAGAGGAAGGCCAGCUGGUAAGUUACAGAGCCUGUAACUUGUUCCUAAUGUAUGCAGUCAGUUGAAAUAUGUUUUCUCCUCCCUCCCCUCCAUCCCAGCAGGAAAAACAACCCCCCCUCCAAAAAAAAACCCCAUACUGCUCAUGAUAAAGUAGCAUGUUGUAUAUGGGGAAAUCUCCCUGGAUUGAUUUUCUGUGCUUAUAUUGGGUAGAGAGAUCUCUACUGCUUCAUUCUGCUUAUACUGUACACUGGCCAAAAUGAUGAUUUAAACUUGAAAUGGUUAAAGAUCUUUCUACAGGUAACGUCAUCAUACAAAAUUAUUAUAGAACAUUGUUUUAGAUAUGAAGCUGUGCUAUUUAGUAAUAAUGUGAAUGUAUUUGAUUGCAUUGUUUCAUUUGUACAAUACCCUUUUGAAAAUGGAUUGUAAACUUUCUGUAUAUUUCUGUACUCUUGCAAUAAUGCAGUGAUCAGCGAGAUCUGCCCAUCUGCAGUAUUUUAAUAAAUAUAUUUGGGAUACCUGCGUUUUACAAAGACACCUAUCCUCUUCCCUCUGAAAUUUAUUCUUACGCUGUGAGUCUAGGGUACCUGCUAAAAUGGGAAUAUUUAGGUGAAACUUUACGGGGAUAGGAAGAUAUCAUUGUGCAUACAAACACACUACAUAAUGGAUUGUAGUGUGCAUGGUUAAUUUGCUUCUGUCAUCCCAUAGGCAUACAUCUUGACAAUAUAUGUCAUUGGUAUCUGCAAACUUGGGAGCUAUGCUAAUAAUUAUCUAUGGAGUUGGGAGCAAUGUUGUUGUAAACCUCCAGUUUUAGAGUUACAAAAGUAUACAGAACAUAUGUUAAUAAAAGUGCAUUUUCGUGGGUGUGUAUGUUUGGUACAUUUUCUAGUAUAGAAUAAAUUAGCAUGCUUAUUAAGGACUGCAACUGUUUGCCUCUAUGGAAAAACAGAGAAGCCAGUAUAUUAGGCCUUUCAUAACACUUUAUUAGUAUAUUUUGUUUGGUUAACACAUCCUGGGCUGCAGCAUCUAGGCUUAAUUAAAUUAGUCAUCUUGUAGGGAUGAUUCUCUCCAAGACAGUCAAUUAAAAUUGGGUUGAAGGGAAAGCUCUACUACUGACUUUUUAAUUUCAUCUUUUAAUGAUCAGCUAAAGUGAAAUAGUUAGGCUGUAUUUAAUUAAAACUUUUUUUAUGAAUCAGCUUCUGAAGUAAAGAUUCCAAAACCCAGAGGAAGACCAAAAUUGAUUAAACCAGUCUGCCCUCCUGAGAGUGAUGUGUAAGUUUGUUUUUAAGCAUUGGCAUUUGACAUGGAGAGUUAGGAAUGUAAUGGGUUAAAAUAGAAAUUACAUCAAAUAUGCAAGUAUGUAUGAAUGACUUGACAGAUGAGUACUUGAAGGGGCAUAUUGCUAUUAUGGGUUGACCUCUGCUUCACCCCAGAUUUGCCAUGCCCUAUACCCUCAGGCAGGUUCCUAUGAAGAUAUAGCCAAGUCUCAUUUUAGGUCAGAAGAGACAUUUUGAUUCCUAACUGAACUUCUCCCUAUUGCAAUGGAUUCCCUGCAGCCACAUAGGAUAGAAGGAGGUGAGCAACUUGCUGCGGGGGCCAUGUGUGAAACAUCACCUAGUCUCUUGACUAGAUCGUUCAUGGAUUAUUACAGCUACUAGAUGGAGAUUGACUGGUUGGAUCCAUGAAGUGAUUAACACUUCAUUAUGAAAGGGAGCACACAGGGCUGCUGCUUCAGAAAACAUCAUUGGACUCAUGGUGAGCCACAAGCUGUUAAGUAGCUUCACAUGCUCCUGUAAGUAAUUUUGUGUUGGCUGUCAGGAGUAUGGACCAUUCCUUAGUUCACAUUAAACAGGGGCAAAACUAGGCUUUAUUUCACCCAGGUCAAAGACCCAGUUUGGCACCCUUGUUCAUUUGCGUGCACACAGAGAGAGAGAGAGACAGACAGACAGACACUAGGAGCCUCAAUGAUGCCCCUCUGGAGGCUUCACCUCCUGGUAGAUACGGUUCCGCAUGCAAUAAUUCCUUUUCAUAGGGUAAAGAAGAUUGAGCUGGCUAGAGGGUAAAAGAAAAUGUACAGUGGUACCUCGGGUUACAUAUGCUUCAGAUUACAUAUGCUUCAGGUUACAGACUCUGCUAACCCAGAAAUAGUGCUUCAGGUUAAGAACUUUGCUCCAGGAUGAGAACAGAAAUCGUGCUCCAGCGGCGCGGCAGCAGCGGGAUGCCCCAUUAGCUAAAGUGGUGCUUCAGGUUAAGAACAGUUUCAGGUUAAGUACGGACCUCCGGAAUGAAUUAAGUACUUAACGCGAGGUACCACUGUAUUCUGUUUUGGUUUGGAUUGCUUUUAGUGUUCACGAGGAAGAUAAGAGUAAAAGAAAGGGAGCUGAAGAAAAACCACCCAAAAAACUGCAAAAAAGGGAUGAAGAAAGUCAAAGAGAAGAAGACAAUGUAAAAAAAGACCCAGAGAAGAAAGAAGGCAAAAAAGAAGCUGAGCCAAAAAGGAAAACUGCUCCCAAAGUGGGAUCAGCAUCAGCCUCAGAUUCUGAAGAAGACGGAGAAGAGCAGGAAGGGAAUAAAGUAUGUGUUUGUCCAGUCUUUCAGUUAGGGAAACCUUUUGCUGCAUGCCAAGCUAUAUUCUGUAGCUAGUUUCUGAUGCUCCAUGUGAAAUGUAUUUUUCUUGUUUUAUAAAGUAAACUGUUAGGACCUGAUUUUAAUGUAAAGCCGUGGCCAACUUCAAUGGCUUGGUGCCACAUGGCAAAAAUACUUUUAAGGACCUGAUAUGCUCUGUGGUACUGAUGAUCUCAUGGAAAUAAUGGGGCUAUUUUGGAGUUAUUUUGUUUAAAAGCAUUUCUGUACUGCGUAAUAUUAAAAAUCUAAGCAGUGCACAAGAAUCCAACAUAAAAACAAUAUUGGAAAAGCAUAUAAACAGAAAUUCAGUAAUAACAAGACCGACUUUUAUGAAUCAGGGAAAGCUCAAAUAUAUCUUUAUAAGAUGUCUGAAGCAACUGAUGGCUUCAGCUACUAAAAUCAGUUUUCCUUUCUAUUCAAAAUUAAAAUGGUACAGAAGAAAAAAGGAAGAAAUAUCCAAGGGCCUCACAGAAGGAAUAUUUUAAAAGCCCAACAUGAUCGUGAAGUAGCAGAGAGAAAACGUAAGCAGGAAGAGCAAAUGGAAGUAGAAUUGUGAGUAUAUUCUAACUGCUUUUGUAAAAAUUGAGCAGUUAUGUGACUAGGGCAUUGAAAGAAAAGAAAGAUUCUCUACCAUUCUUUGUCUAGUAGUGUCUUUGUAAAUACUAUUUAAGCUGAAAUCCCACAGCCCACAUUUGGAUAACCAAAAGACAGUAGAAAGUGGCUUUUAGCUGGCGGAGAGACCUGCUCUCAUAACAGUGUGUACACUCACAAGUUACACUACCAGAGGCCCCCAGUAUACCUCCAGAGAGCUCCAUGGGCAGAGGGAGGGAAACGGGUAUGUUGAGAGUGGCUGCAGAUCCACAGGAUCCUAAGCCCCCUAACACAGACCACGAAACGGCACCAGCCUACUCUGUAGCUGACAUAGUUAACUCCACUCCCACCACUGCCAUUGUAGUCAAUGAGAAGAAAAAGAAGAAGAAAUGGAAAACAGACAGUAUGACUUUAGUUGUGGCAGUUGCUCUGUCAAAGAUUUCUACCACCACCAGGAUUGAUCUGUAAGUCUCUAAAGAAUAUUCAUUUACUUCCAGAAGUUGAGAAUUAUUUACUUUAAAUUGUUGGAUAAUUUUACAGGCAAAACAAAGAAGAAGGCAAAAAACCGGAAGCUAAGAAGAUGGAGAAAAAACGAGGUUUGUAGUGAAAGGUUUUUUAUGUUUAGUAAAUUUUGUAUUACAAAGGUAUACCCAAAGGAAAGCAUACACAGGUGUGUGUUUUUCUGCAGUUCCCUUUUCUCCCACAUGUGUAAAUGUCAUUUCAACUUUUAAAUAUCUGCUUGGAACUGACAGCAUACGGUAAUUUUAUUUGCUUUAUGACAUGAAAACUCGAUGGCUUGUCAAGACUUUGUUUCUAUUCAUAGUGUCAUUGUAGAAUCCAUGAUACCGUUAAGGUGCUAGGUACUCUUCAUACAUUAAAAUGUGUCUGUAGGAAUGUGCCAAGAAAACUAAGCUGCUGCUUUAUAGGAACAUAAGUCUUACUAAAGUGUUCUAGUUUUGCUACGAAAAAGCAAAUUGCAUUGCCUGCGUUUCAGCUUAAAUUUGUAUGCCAAUAUUGUUUUGGCGGGACGCGGGUGGCGCUGUGGGUAAAACCUCAGCGCCUAGGACUUGCCGAUCGCAUGGUCGGCGGUUCAAAUCCCCGCGGCGGGGUGAGCUCCCGUUUUUCGGUCCCAGCUCCUGCCCACCUAGCAGUUCGAAAGCACGCCUAAGUGCAAGUAGAUAAAUAGGUACCGCUUUAUAGCGGGAAGGUAAACGCCGUUUCCGUGUGCUGCGCUGGUGCUGGCUCGCCAGAGCAUCUUCGUCACGCUGGCCACGUGACCCGGAAGUGUCUCCGGACAGCGCUGGCCCCCGGCCUCUUAAGUGAGAUGGGCACACAACCCUAGAGUUGGACACGACUGGCCCGUACGGGCAGGGGUACCUUUACCUUUACUUUUACUAUUGUUUUGAGUACAGUCAGAAUAGUGCAGUUUUAUUACAGGCUUCCAGUUUUGCUUUAUCAGUUUUGGUGUAUUUUACUCAAAGCUGCUCAAAGGCAUUUUCCCCAUAUGGAUUUUAUAUUCACUAUCAUUUAAGAUACGUUUUGUUAAUAUUUAGAAACAUCAAUGGAUUCACGACUUCAAAAGAUACAUGCAGAAAUUAAAAACUCACUCAAAAUCGACCACCUUGUGAGUAUAUUGUGCUAAUACCAUUUGUUUCUGAAAGCUGACAAAAGUGUGUGUUUGUGUGUGUAUUGUUAAAGUGAAUUAAAAAUGUAUAUUCUUACGAAACAACUUUUUGGUUUGGCCUAGUGGUGUCCUUUCCUGACUUAGUGAUAUACUUAAUUUGAGUUGCCUUGGAUUAAAUAAGAGAGAUGGUGUUAACUGUAUGAAGUUUAGUGUGAGGAUGCAGAAUGUCAGAUUAAAAUAGUUUGCUAUAUACACAGUGCCCCAAGAGAAUAGUCCAUUUUCUGUGAGUUAAGCCCAUUCAGUUAAAAUAUUCCUGCUGUAAAAUCACACUGAAGUCUUGUGUGUUUUUAAUUUUACAAUGUUUACAAUGUUUUGUCCAAAAUCGUGUGUAAUAGUGAUGUUCCCUCCACCCUCAUCCUGAGAUUUAACAUUUGGGUUUUCAUAUAUUAGGAUGUAAACAGGUGCAUUGAGGCAUUGGAUGAACUUGCUUCACUUCAAGUAACAAUGCAGCAAGCUCAGAAGCAUGCGGAGAUGAUUUCAACACUUAAGAAAGUAAGAUUGGUGGCUUUUCUCAUAAAGAAAUUAUGAAGAUUGUUUAGCCUGUUCAUGAAUCCUUUAAUGUAAAACUUCUUUGUUUAAAAAUAGUAGAAUGCCGGGCAAGGAUUGCAAAACUUAAUUAGCAAUAAAAUAGACAUGGGGGGGGGGUUGCAACAAAAUGUUGAUCCAUAGGGUACUUUUCUUCAGGGUUUAUCCUCUCUAUUCCCCCUUCUGUUUUCCAUUCCUGUCCAUCUGUCAGACAGCAUUCUGUGCUCUCAUAGCUUUAGUUCUCAAUGAACUGUUAUAGGUGUGGGUAAGCUGGAACACUGGUAUGCAUUUGCAGCUUCAUCAAAGUAUUGGCUUCCUUCAUUUGUUUUUGUGGGCAGCUCCAACUUCCAUCUCUGUGGACAUAGAAAAAUAGGUCCUUGAUAUGAACCAGGAAGUAACCCAUCCAAGUAAUGAGAUCAUUAUUUCUGCCCUUUCUAGAUUUGUGUCUCUUCCUCCAUCCUCCUUUUCCAACCACUCCAUUCCCUCUCCCAGCCCAGUUUUCAGUACCCACCCCACCCCACAAAACCCCAGUCAGUCAAUAUUCAGUUGUCAAUGAGCAAAUGCAGUUCUCGUGAAGCUGUUUGGGGUGGCUUCUCAACUUCUGCAAACUUCAGGGUUCUCACAAGCCUGUUAAUACUUUGUGCAGGAGAAAGAGGGUAGGGUUUGAUUAUGGCUACAUAAGCACAAUUUCUUAGUCUUGAUAUCAGUGUUGGUAUAUAGAUGGUGACUGUUUCAGUAAAUACUAGAUGGCUUUGAGCAACUUGAUGAUAUUCUCAUAUAUUAACUGACCUAUCUCCUCCCUCCCCCCAAAUAUCUAUGUAUCUAUCUAUCAUCUAUCUAUCUAUCUAUAUCUGUCACAGAUACGGAAAUUCAAGGUCAGCCAAGUUAUCAUGGAAAAAUCAUCUAUGCUCUACAACAAAUUCAAAACAAUGUUUCUCGUUGGAGAAGGGGAUUCUGUUCUUUCACAAGUAUUGAAUAAGUCGCUGGCUGAACAGAAGCAGCACGAGGAAGCCAACAAAACCAAAGAACAAUGGAAGAAAGGACCAAACAAGAAAGCUGAAAAGGACAAAGAUCAAACAGGUGUGUGCAGUUCAUCGAGAAUAUUUAUUUCUUAGCACAAUUUAACUGGUGCAUCAUUUCCUGUUAUAUAUUCCAGUUUCGGAUAAGCUCUGGAAUUCUGAAUUUAAUACAAAGCACUCCUUUGCCAGUGCUUAGUCACAGCACACUUUAGCUGUAUUGGUAGCAACAGACUAGGUUUCAUGGUAAAGUUUUCAUGUUGUAGUUUACCAUGAACACACAGAACUCCUGCUUUGCUUCUCCCCUAGCAGGACCAAUAAACCACAAUCCCUACCUCAGGGUUGUGCCCAGACCUGUGAUGGUUGCUUGUUUCACUCUAAGCUACAAUUGGUAAGCCAAAAACUUUGGCUUUCCAUUUGGUUCAUAGCAAAACAAACCACGAUCCCCAGUUUGGACAUAAUGCUAGACCAGGGAUUAUUCCUCAUGCUGACUCUGCAUGUCCAAAGUAAACUUAACUAUGGCUUAACCAUUAUAUGCAAACAGUGAAUGAAUUUGAGAAGAUGUUACAUCUGUGUUCAAGAACCCACAAAUUUGGAAGCUAUGGCUCUUAUAAUAGUACUUGCAUGCUUUUUAAGUAUGUGAAGAUAACAAAAUAGUAUGAAAUCUUGUUUUGAGUACAGUACCAUUUUGGUAGUUACAGGUUUCUGCACUAACAGUGCAGUUUCCCGUGUUAUAACAAUGCCACUGGCGCAGCUGUUGCAGAAUUAGCAGUUUGUUGCUGUUUGCCUAUUUUAAAACAAGACUGAGACAGAGCAACAUUUCUGUUUUGUUUUUCCUUUUAACUUUAAAGGCACAAAGAUAGUGAAUGGUGCUUCUGACACACAAGAUGCAAACCAGUCACAGCAGAAUGGGGACAGCACAGAGGAAAAGAGAGAGAAGCUUGAAGCUGGCAGUAAGAAAAAGUAAGGGGUAGUUUCCAAUCUUGAAAAGAUGUAAUAACCUGAGGUAGAGGACAACAGAAGGUAGUCUGGGAUCUACAGAUGGGUCUCUGGGUAGCUUGCAAUAGGUUUUCAGAGAUUUCCGAUUUCCAGUUGUUUAACAGUAGCAGAAACACUCCUCCCACUGCAUCCCAAAAAUUAAGUUGCUGAAAUAGAGAAAGCUUUGGGAAUGCGAACCAGGAAUAGAUUUUGUGUGAAAGGGCUGUGAACUCAGUUCUGGAACUGAAAACAAAUUCUGGGCUGGGAUGCACCAGUGUGGUGCACCAGGUGUUCCUUAACUGUAAGAUUAUGCCAGUGCUGCUUUCUAAGCAACUAUUUUGCAUUAGCCUCCAGCUGAUAGCCCUUUGGGUUCUUGGAAAAAAUAAAGUAGAUCUCAUGGAAGUCCAUUCUCCUCUUCCCUAAGGAAUAUUUCAGCGUUUAUAUACAUGGUGAUUCCUCAGUUUUCCAUGUAGUUUUAAAGAGAACAAAAGAUAUAUUGGUAUACUUGUUUCCAUCACUUAUACUUCUCAGUUAUUUGUUAAACAAAUGUCUCUUAUUUUAAAAAAAUAUUCCUAUUAUCACAACUAUUAUUUACAUCAGGCAUAGGCAAACUCGGCCCUCCAGAUGUUUUUAGGACUACAACUCCCAUCAUCCCUGACCACUGGUCCUGUUAGCUAGGGAUGAUGGGAGUUGUAGUCCCUAAACAUCUGGAGGGCUGAGUUUGCCUAUGCCUGAUUUACAUUAUGGCCUACAGUGUUGCAAUACAGUCAUAAAAACUAGCAUUGGUGAUUGCCUGUUAUUAAAGGAUAACUGUUUCCUUGUACUUUCAGCUUUAAAGUUAUAGGGAAGUUAGCACCCCACUUUUAACCAUUGUAAAUGGAACAUGCCCCCUUUUUGCUCUGGGAACGUUCCUGGGAUUGCAGAAUUGGGGUGGAUCUAAGAUGGCAAUUCCCCAAUAGAACAGCUCAUGCAAAAACUGAUUGAACUCACAGGAGUGUUCAGCCACCCAAAAGAGAGGGAGUGCAUAGUGCCUCUUCAGGACUCACUGCGCUUGACAGUCUUUCUUAGUAAAUGAUAAAUUCUGCCACAUUACCUUGGAUGUAAUUUGCAUCAUUCGCUUAUGCCUGAUAUAUAGAUGCAGCAGUUUUAUCUGCCACGAGAAGUUCCCAGAAUAGUGAUUUGUGCACAAGCACAGAGGGAGGCUUUUUAAAAAGCAUUUCAUUCUCACUCAGACUAAAAGUAUGCUUCAGAUAUGACGUUUGGGAUGUUGACAAUGCUAGCUAGCUGAGAAAGUGGGAUGGUUGCAUUUUAAUUUUCUAUCUCACCUUACACUAUAACUGCAGGCUGUCUCUGACUCCACCCAACCCCCCGGGACUUUAUACAAAAGCAGUUGUAAGAUUAUUGCAUGUCAGUACAAUAAAAAUAUAGCUGAAACGUGUUAGAAGUAUACAUUGGUACUGUGCUUUUCACUAGGACAUCGAGUGAUGGAAGAGAACAGGAGAAGACGAAGAGCGCAGCCUCUGAAAAUGAGUGAAUGCAGCCUAAUUUUUGUAAAGUACAUAUUAAAGAGGAUUAUAAGGGUUUGCAUUUGAAAACUAGAUCGCGGAAAGUUUAAAAUAAUUUUAUAAGCAUAGUAUUUUAAUGUGUACAAUUUUUGUGGAGUUGUGAAGAGAAUCUCUUUAACGUUUGUCUUUAAAUAUUUAAAAUCCUGAUAGCAUAUGGCCCAGUAUUAACAGGCAAUACUCACUUCAUAUAUAAAGACCAAGUUGAUUUAGAGACUGAACAGUGCUUGUAUGUUUUGAAUUAGUACCGUAGCAUAUGUUUACCUGACUACUGUAUGUUCACUUUUUAGUUAAUGACAGAAAAAUAACAUUCUUUUAGAAUUGCCAAAUUGCUCCACUUGUAUAAAUCUAUUUUCUUCCUGUUGUCUGUGCAUAGUUUUCAGAGUUGUUGUUUGCCAAAGUGUCUGUUCACUGUGUUUUGUAAGAAGCCAAGAGCAUUUUGUAGCAGCUAAAAUGUUACGUACGAGUAUAUUCAGUCAGUCCUUUAUAAAGAAGUUGGUUUUGUUCUUGAAAGCUAAUUGUGCCAAUUUAAUAUGCUCUGACUUUCUGUGGUAUGCUUUUGGUAUUGUAGAUAUCUUACUAAGGAAACUCAAGUUUCCAUUGGAAUUAUUGAUGCACAUUUGUCGCAAACACUGUCUUGAAGCAUUUUGUUUUUAAAAAAAUAAAGUUUAUGCAGAAAAGGCAGCUCUGUAUAUUUUAAUGAGAAAUCUUCCCUUUAGUACAGAGUGAGAGAGACUGCUCACUCAGUGAAAGAGGCUAAUUUACCUAUUUAACUGGUUCCUCAUCUUUCAUAGACUGCUAUUCAAAAGGAGCCCUCAGAGGCACACAUUCCUGUGUUUCGUAGCCGAGGUAAGGAUUUGAACACGGUCUUUCUGGGCGUUGUGAGACAUUCUAACUACUAUAACACUUUAGCUCUCAUUUGGCAUUUCUUUUCACAAAACUUAAUAUUACUGAAAUAGUUCUAUAUAUCAGACAGUUAGAAGAACUUGAUAGGAAAAAAAUACAUGAUGCAAGCAUGUAAAAUUACAAAUCAAAAUUCAAGCUAGAAUGGAGGUUGCUAACCUUUUUGGGCAAAAGAGCAUUGGUAAUUUUGAGGAAGUGGGUGCUAGUAACAAGAUGGCUACUGUAGGGUGUAGCAGAACACAAAACAAGUGUUGUGGCCAUAGAAUGGUGCAAGCAUUGCCCUGGUCAGUGGAAAGAAGAGCCUACAGCUGCUGCUGCUGCUGCACUCGCUGACAAAGAGAAGCUCUUUGCACAUCUCAUUGCUUCAGAACAGAAGAGGUGAUUGGUGCCCAACCAGUGAACUGUGGGCAUUGCACAAUCAUUAAAAAAAAAUGUUUAAAGGGGGUUGUUCAGGGUUGGAGGGGCUGAGGCAGCACAAAAGAGGAAAUAAAUAUUGAGAGCUUUUGUGAGUGCCAUAGGAGGUACCAGUGGGCGUAAGGUGCCUGAAGGUCCUAUAAAAAUAAAAGGUAAAGGACCUGUGCUGGUGGCCCCAGCUUACAGAGCCAUCUAUAGGAAUCCCAAGCUGAACACUUAGGUCUGGAUUCAAAGAAGUUGUUGCACUAGCAGAAGCCUGCACAACAAGUGCUGUUAGCACAAUGAUACAUUUACCAUAUUUUUCGCUCUAUAACACGCACCUGACCAUAACACAUAGUUUUUAGAGGAGGAAAACAAGAAAAAAAUAUUCUAAACGAAACAGUGGAUGUAUGAUUUUUGUGGUUCAUGCUGUGGCCACAGACAUGUGAUCUGACGGUGAGUUUGGGGUAGCCCAAUGCAAAAAUCCUGAGGAUCCAUGUGGAUCCAUGCUUUGUAACCAUGUUUUUGCACCAUUGUGGCCCCAUGAAACAGUGGGUGCGUGUGUUUUUUGGUGCAGGCUGUAGCCAUGGACAUGCUAUGUGAUCUGAUGGUGAAUUUGGGGUGACCCAGUGCAAAAAUCCUGAGGAUCCAUGUGGAUCCGUGCUUUGUAACCAUGCUUUAAGUGGGGAGGGAAGGAAAAGCACUCAAGGGACAAGGAGCACGUGGGGGGGGGUGGAGAAGGAUGCUGCUAAUAAUGCAGGAGAGGCUUCUCUCCGGCUUUGCUCCUUUAAAACAAGCAGGCUCUGCUUCUCUCCCUCCUCCCCGGCAAGGAAACCACGAUAGUAACCAAACAAAUCAAACCAGACAAAUCAAGAAAAAUUGUGACCAACACUCCCCCAACAAGCACAGUGAGGUCAAAACACACACACAGAGAGAGAGAGAGAGAGAGAGAACUGGCCCUAAAGUCGCAGGGCGCUGGAAGUCGCAGGGGCGCUGGGGGAGUGAACAGGAAGCAAGAGAAGGAGCCCUCACACAGACACACAGAGUGUCAAUUCUAAAGUCGCAGGGGCGCAGGGAGAGUGAACGGGAAGCAAGAGAAGGAGAAGGAGCCCUCACAGACACACAGAGUGUCGAUUCUAAAGUCGCAGGGAGAGUGAACGGGAAGCAGGAGAAGGAGCCCACACAGACACACAGAGUGUCAAUUCUAAAGUCGCAGGGGCGCAGGGAGAGUGAACGGAAGCAAGAGAAGGAGGAGGAGGAGGAGUUUGGAUUUCAUAUCCCGCCUUUCACUCCCUUUAAGGAGUCUCAAAGCGGCUAACAUUCUCCUUUCCCUUCCUCCCCCACAACAAACACUCUGUGAGGUGAGUGGGGCUGAGAGACUUCAAGGAAGUGUGACUGGCCCAAGGUCACCCAGCAGCUGCAUGUGGAGGAGCGGAGACGCGAACCCGGUUCCCCAGAUUACAAGACUACCGCUCUCAACCACUACACCACACUGUCAAUUCUAAAGUCGCAGGGGUGCUGGGAGAGUGAAGGGGAAGCAGGAGGAGGAGAACGAUAGCUCAAGCACACACACACACACAGCCCCUACAGUGGCUAAUCCAAAAUCGGACAGCAAAAAACUGCAGGCAGGGACAGAGAGCAGGGGUUGUUUUAAAGCAGCCAACUCCCACUCUGCUUCUCUCCCUCCUCCCCGGCUCCGCUAGCUGACAGGAGCCGCUUACACCCGCUUUGCUGUUUCAAAGCGAGCCACGGACUGCUCACGACUGCAGCAAAUUCCCCCGCCAUCUGUAGGCAUCCGCUCCAUAACACGCACAGACAUUUCCCCUUACUUUCUAGGAGGAAAAAACUGCGUGUUAUGGAGCGAACUUUACGGUACUUCCUCUUCUGCAACACACAUCUCAUCUGCUCUGGAGAAUCCCAGAAGAGCACAUUGCUGAUUCUGCCCGGCAAGCUGAAAUGCUUGUGCUGAUGGAAUGAUCUUACCAUGACCCCAAAUCAUUCCAAGGCUUGAGUAAACAGCUGUGAUUUAGGCAGACAACCAAAUGAAGAGUGUCAGGUUUAGUUCAGUGUGCAUGAGAUUCCACAAGCACUGCAACCUCAUCUGCCCUUCCUGGUGACCUGAUCCAGUGGCUUCAUUUUGCUCAGGUGUGGGGAACCUCAAAUGAAGCUCUUGCCCAGCACUGACUGGACUCAAACUUUCCUAGCUUCAUCAAGGUUACUGUUUCAUGUAACUUCAGCCCAUCUCCUACAAUCAAUGUCUGAUAAACUUGUUUCAGGAAACAUUCUAAAACAGGGUAACCAAUAUGGUGCUCCCCAGAUAUUGUUUGGACUCCCAACUGUUAUCUUUGUUGAUGCCGGCUAGGACUUUUGGGAAUCUAAAAAAAGUUCUAACAACUUUUUGAGAUCCACAGGGUCCCCAGCCCUGAUACAGAUGUUAAAUACUAUGUGCAUAUUGAUCACAGGUAUCCCUUCAAUAUACGUUACCUUCAGCCUGUAACAUGUUGGGGCACGUCAUACAUAGGUCUACAUCAGUGAUGGCCAAACUUGGUCCUCCAGCUGUUUUGGGACUACAACUCCCACCCCUAGCUAACAGGACCAGUGGUCAGGGAUGGUGGGAAUUGUAGUCCCAAAACAGCUGGAGGGCCAUGUUUGGCCAUCACUGGUCUACAUGCUGUGAAAAGAAAACCUUGGCUAAAAGAGAUUAAAACAAAGUAACAUUCACUUGGGAUAACACAAUGCUCAUCUUACAGUUAAAAUCCAGUAUUCUGUUUUUAUUUGAAUUAUUGUGAUGUAGAAGUUGAAACACUGAGAAGAAAAUCAAAGCUUUAGGGUUUAACAAAUAUCAAAACUUUGUGAUGCCUGAAACCUUGGAUAUAUUUCAUCAAUGCAUUCUGAACAGGAUUAUAUCCUGUAAUGAUAUAUAGUCGUACCUUGGAUCUCGAAUGCCUUGGCUCCCAAACGAUCAAAACCAGGAAGUAAUUGUUCUGGUUUGCAAAUGUUCUUUUGGAACCCAAAUGUCUGACGGGGCUUUCACAGCUUCCAAUUGGCUGCAGGAGCUUCCUGCAGCCAGUCAGAAGCUACACUUUGGUUUUCAAACAUUUUGGAAGUCAAAUGGACUUCGAGAAUGGAUUCCAUUCGACUUCCAAGGUACAGCUGUAUUCUAAUAUUGCUUCUGAGACAGCAGGUGGCACCAUUACAUUAUAAGAAGUCUGUGCUUCAAAAUACACACCCAGUGCCUUGAAAUAGCAGCCAUUUAAAGUAAUUAAAAUUUCCAACAAAGCUUGAUUGCAGGUCAGGUUUUGUCUUCUCAUCUCUAGUCGAUUGCAGAUGGUUUACUUGUCUCAGUACUCCAUGGGUCUUGAUGGAUUCUAGGUUAGCCUCCAUUUGUAUAGACCCCAGCCCGUAAUUGCAUUGCUUAUGGAACCAUGGAGCCUUGAUUUUAUGCAUAAUAGACUAGUGAAGAAUAUCCAGUGGCACUUUCUAACCUAGUUUUUCCAAGGCUGAUGGUUCCAGCCCUGUUAUCUCUGUCUAAAUUCUUCACACCUUUCUUCCAUUCACUACAUAUUAUGCUGCCAUGGCCACCCAACUUCUAUGUAUGGAAGAGCAACAAUGCUCCUAGAAGAGGUCUGUUAGUGUCGCAAUUUCUCCUCCAGCCACACUCCAAAACUAAGCAAGGCUGGCUGUUUCAAAAACCAUGCAGGUGAAUGCUUAAGGGAUAAAACCAACAGGUGCAGGAGGGACUAAGCACUCCUUACUGCCCACUGAAUCUCUCUGCAAAUGCCCACCUUUAUAGUGACUAAAAUUUGCACGUCCUACAAUUUCAGAACGACCAAAUUUUUCAUCAAACCCCUUUUAUCUUUCAAUGUUACCUGUUAAAACUGAAUUUACCUGUUACUUUCAGCAACAAAUUCUGCUUAAUAGUCUGCAUUUUUUGGUGAUUUCGCACCUCUGCAAAAAGCAACUGUAGUAGAACGUUACAAGAGGAAGAAUAAACAUUGCCACUUAACAAUUCCAGGGAUGCUUAUCUGCAGCUAGGUGUAAAAAUGCAUAGGCAAUUACUGCCUAAAGCUGGGGGCCGAAUGAGUACUUCCAUUGGCCUGGAAGAGAGACUUGUUAUCUAUUUCCAUGGCCAGCAUACGCAGAAUAAAUGGUGAAAACUAUAGAAUCAUAGAAAAGCAGGAAUCUCAACAUACCAUCCCCAAUCCAAUUUGACACCAUGCAUGUCUUCACAGAGCUCUGAGAUUAUAUAGCUCUUUGGGUAUAGAAUGAUUUGUAGUGAGAGGACACUCAGCCAUGAUUAUGAACAGCCAUAGUUGUCAGGUAGACAGAGAAAACUAAACUGACAGUUCUUGAUGAACCCAGAAUUUAUUUAUUUUUUAAAGGUGCUAUUUCCCCACUAUAUGGGCUUUGACUUUGUGACCACUAAAUGGUCAUUAAACAAGUAGCCAAAACAUCAGUACCCAGCUGGUGUGAGAGAAAUUUAAUUAGAACCUGGCAGCUGGGUCCAAUACCAGGUUUGACUCGGUGGACUCGUUCAAAAGAAAAUACUAAAUGAAAAACAGACCCAUCUGUCCUGCAGAAGCUCCAGGGAUUCAUGGAAUUAAGGGAGCAAUGUUUUUCCCCUGUAAUUUAUCAUUCAUUGUGUAAAUUCAAUAUAGCACUGAAGGUCACCGUAUCUGAGGUGCAACAGGCGCAGCAACAAAAUAUGAUUUCAGUAACAUACCCCUUUCGCCUUUAGGUGAUGAACGGUCCAAUACAAGUGAUUCUUGCUCAGCAUUCUAAUGCCACGAUUUACAAAACGUAGAGCGAGCUUCCCUGCAGAAAUGUAUUUUUGCCUUUUCCAGGUUUCCGAUUUGAGAGGCAACUUGACUGGACUCAAGAUGAAGAGACUCAGAAUGUAACUUGAAAAAAGAGACACUGCACAUACUUUUGU